AUGAUGAGUCACAAGGAGUAUCUGUUCAGCGCUUAUCCAGAGCUGAAACAUUAUAAUCUUAGUCGCCAGGUUGGCUUUGAUAUCAAGGCAAGAGACGGUUUGAAUCCUUCAAGGCAGUACCUACAGUCUUCCACCGGAUCGGCUGCAUUACGAGCUGCGCGAGAUGUUUCACCGUCUGAUCACGGCUACGCCGACCUUGGGAUGCUACCUGUUAAUCCUCAGAAGCUUGUCGUCCUUGUUCAUGGUGGUCCAAAUGCCAGAGAUACUUAUGAAUUCUCGGAAGAGAACGCAUUCCUAACGAACAGAGGUUAUGCUGUACUCCAGGUGAACUUCCGUGGAAGCACUGGUUUGGGUAAACGUUUAGUAAGCGCUGGCAAUGGGGAAGUGGGCGAGAAAGAUGCACCUCGACAUAUUGGAUUCGGUCAAAUUUGUUGUGGCAAAAGGGAUUGCAAAUAA